GGGCGGAGCGAUCCGUAGGCAGGGCCUGACGCCGCAGUUCUGCUUGGCCGGAGCCUCAACGGAUGGGCGGGGAGGGGGCGGGGCCGGGAAACCCGGAAGGUCCGGCGCCCGAGCACCCUGUCUCGCUGGGACCCGGGUCUUGCUGUCCCCCGCUGGCCUCCUGCCCGGGCGACUGCAGCCAGGAUGGGCCGGAAGGUGACCGUGGCCACCUGCGCACUCAACCAGUGGGCCCUGGACUUCGAGGGCAAUUUGCAAAGGAUUUUAAAGAGUAUUGAAAUUGCCAAAAACAGAGGAGCAAGAUACAGGCUUGGACCAGAGCUGGAAAUAUGCGGCUACGGAUGCUGGGAUCAUUAUUACGAGUCGGACACCCUCUUGCACUCGUUUCAAGUCCUGGCGGCCCUUCUGGAGUCUCCCGUCACUCAGGACAUCAUCUGCGACGUGGGCAUGCCUGUAAUGCACCGAAAUGUCCGCUACAACUGCAGAGUGAUAUUCCUCAACAGGAAGAUCCUGCUCAUCAGACCCAAGAUGGCCUUGGCCAACGAAGGCAACUACCGCGAGCUACGCUGGUUCACCCCGUGGUCGAGGAGUCGGGCAGUUCCAGAACCGGAAUGACCCUCACGACCGAAGCCAUCAAUAUGCAGGAUACAGUGUGUCUGCAUUUAUGUCUCAUUUUCAAAUGUGCACCACUGAGCUGGCAGGAAAGUACAGAAUACAUUGAGCCUAAAAGCAGUGAAACCAGAGACCCUGGGAAACAAGGGCACACGGAGGAGUACCUUCUGCCUCGGAUGAUACAGGACCUGACAAAGCAGGAAACUGCGCCCUUCGGAGAUGCGGUGCUGGCCACGUGGGACACCUGCAUUGGAAGUGAGAUCUGUGAGGAGCUCUGGACACCCCACAGCCCGCACAUCGACAUGGGCCUGGAUGGAGUGGAGAUCAUCACCAAUGCCUCGGGCAGUCACCACGUGCUGCGCAAAGCCAACACCAGGGUGGAUCUUGUGACUAUGGCCACCAGCAAGAACGGUGGGAUUUACUUGCUGGCCAACCAGAAGGGCUGUGACGGGGACCGCCUCUACUACGACGGCUGCGCCAUGAUCGCCAUGAACGGAAGCGUCUUCGCUCAAGGAUCCCAGUUCUCUCUGGAUGACGUGGAAGUCCUGACGGCCACGCUGGAUCUGGAGGACGUCCGGAGCUAUAGGGCGGAGAUUUCAUCUCGAAACCUGGCGGCCAGCAGGGCGAGCCCCUACCCCCGAGUGAAGGUGGACUUUGCCCUCUCGUGCCAUGAGGACCUCCUGGCACCCGUCUCUGAGCCCAUCGAGUGGAAAUACCACAGCCCUGAGGAGGAGAUAAGCCUUGGACCUGCCUGCUGGCUCUGGGAUUUUUUAAGACGAAGCCAACAGGGGGGGUUUUUGCUGCCCCUGAGUGGCGGGGUGGACAGCGCAGCCACCGCCUGCCUCGUCUACUCCAUGUGCUGCCAGGUCUGCAAGUCUGUGAGGAGCGGAAAUCAGGAAGUGCUGGCUGAUGUCCGCACCAUCGUGAACCAGAUCAGCUACACCCCUCAGGAUCCCCGAGACCUCUGUGGGCGCAUACUGACCACCUGCUACAUGGCCAGCAAGAACUCCUCCCAGGAGACGUGCACCCGGGCCAGAGAGUUGGCCCAGCAGAUUGGAAGCCACCACAUCAGUCUCAACAUUGAUCCAGCCGUGAAGGCCGUCACGGGCAUCUUCAGCCUGGUGACGGGGAAGAGCCCUCUGUUCGCAGCUCAUGGAGGAAGCAGCAGGGAAAACCUGGCGCUGCAAAAUGUGCAGGCUCGAAUACGGAUGGUCCUCGCCUAUCUGUUUGCUCAGCUGAGCCUCUGGUCUCGGGGCAUCCGUGGUGGGCUCCUCGUGCUGGGAUCCGCCAACGUGGAUGAGAGUCUCCUGGGCUACCUGACCAAGUAUGACUGCUCCAGUGCAGACAUCAACCCCAUAGGCGGAAUCAGCAAGACAGACCUGAGAGCCUUCGUCCAGUUCUGCAUCGAGCGCUUCCAGCUUACUGCCCUGCAGAGCAUCGUGUCGGCGCCGGCCACCGCAGAGCUGGAGCCCUUGGCUGAUGGACAGGUGUCCCAGACCGACGAGGAAGAUAUGGGGAUGACGUACGCAGAGCUCUCGGUCUAUGGGAAACUCAGGAAGGUGGCCAAGAUGGGGCCCUACAGUAUGUUCUGCAAACUCCUCGGCAUGUGGAGACACGUCUGCACCCCGAGACAGGUCGCUGACAAAGUGAAGUGGUUUUUCACCAAGCACUCCAUGAACAGACACAAGAUGACCACGCUCACGCCCGCGUACCACGCCGAGAACUACAGCCCUGAGGACAACAGGUUUGAUCUGCGACCGUUCCUGUACAACACGAGCUGGCCUUGGCAGUUUCGGUGCAUAGAAAAUCAGGUGCUACAGCUCGAGAGGGCAGCGCCACAGUCCCUGGACGGCGUGGACUGAGGCCAGGUCCUUCCUGGAGGCCUCCUCUCCUCGGGGACCCCAGCGCCUCGUCACCAGCAUUGCUGGAGCCAAGGGUAGGAGCCCAGAACAGCACGGCACAUCAGCCGAGAAGGAGGGAACUUUUCAGUCAAAUUCCUCAAAAAGAGGCUGGAAUAAAGCCUGGGCUUAAAAAGAG